UCCAUGGUCCUGGCCACCCACCCUCAUCGGCUUUCCUACAUCUCCCCUCUCCAUCCCUGGGCCAAGGGCCCUGGGCUCAGCUUAGCCAGCAGUGAUCCCCUGGGCUCUUAUCUCUAGGGUCCCUCUUUGUCAACUUGCCUACUGAUUUGCCUACUGGUGGUAGGGCUGCCUGCUAGCUUUGAAGCCCCGCCCCCAGCUCCCAUCCAAUCACAGUCCCUCCUUCCGGAGGCUGGGCUGAAGGGCUGUACUCCUAGCGGAGCUGCUAGUUCUGGCACUAGCUCCCAGCCGGGGAUGAUGCUCUGCUGCUGCUGUCACCACUGCCAGCGACUGCCCCGUGCGGUGGGGCUGUUGCUGCUGCUGCUGUUACCACCACUCGUCCUUUUAUCUCCACUGGAGGCAGCUGCCGUGGGCCAAAGCCGCUGUGACAUAUACCAGGGCUUCGCCAAGUGUCUCAUCCGCUUGGGGGAUGGCAUGGGUCACGGAGGUGAGCUGGAGACCAUCUGCAGGUCUUGGAAUGACUUCCACACCUGCGCCUCUCAAGUUCUGUCGGGUUGCCCGAAGGAGGUGGCUGCUGUGUGGGAGUCACUACAGCAAGAAGCUCGUCGGACCCCGCACCCAGAUAACUUGCACACUCUGUGUGGCAGCCCUGUGCACGUCUGGGAGCAUGGUGCAGGCCCCGAGACCAACCAGGAGACACUGAGGGGGACAGCACCUGCCCAAACCCCAGCCCCUGCUCCCCUGCUGCUGGCGGCUGCUCUGGCAUUUGUUUGCCUCCUGGGGCCUCUGGCCUAGCCAUUGGGGUCAAGUAGCAGUGCCCCUGCUGCCACCCCAGCUCUGGUAGCUGUCCUCGAAGCUCUGUAAGGUGCAUUCGGCUUUCAUUAAAGGUAUUUAUAUUUGUA